AGGUACAGAAUGAGGUUAUCAGAGUGUGAGUUAGAAUACCUGCCCCUUUGCCAUGAAAGGGGUAUUUAUAUUGAGCCCCCAGCGCUGGGCCAAGGCUCCUAAUGGGCUGGAUUAGCUAGGCCCAAGGAGGAGCUGCCAGGGGACGCGUAAGAAGCGUUAAGACCUAGACCAAGGUCUGCCCCCUGGUCCAACUGCCCCUAUCCCUAAGGAGACAAUAUAGGGGAGUUGGGUGACGUGGUGAGUGAGAUGCCGUUAUGGCUCUGCCCGACACAACUUAGGUGUCCGCGGCGUGGGUUGACGAUGAGUGGAUGGAGAUCGUAUGGGGAGGACCCGCUCGUUGUCCGACACGUAUUUAAGGGGCCGGGGAGACGUUCUUCGGGCGGACGGUCGUUCACCUGACGUGUCCUCGUGGUCGUUUGGACAUGGUCGUUUGGACGUGGGCUUGGCGAGCAUUGGGCCGUGCCGUGCCUAGUGUCAUGGCCCAGUCCAGAACAGGAGCCCCCCAAGUCGAGUCUCUGAGCCAGAGAGAUGACUUAUGUUUCAACUAAGGGUUCCCCGAGACGAUGGGGAAGCUUGAUCGUUAGACAGGUGAGGUCGUAACAGACCUGUUCAUGACCGACCCUUUCUCCGGGAAUGUCGGGGAUGGAGGUGAUCGGUUGGUCUGCACCUUCCUUGUGGUAAACGUGGGUAUGACGCGGGGAGGUGGCGUCUUGGUGAGUCGAGGAGACGGAUAGGUGCUCGGGUCGUUUCAGUUUCUUAUCUUUGAUAGACGUGUCUCAGAAUUAGUGGGGUCGCUUCGUUUCGUGUGCAAAGACGGCGUAGGCAGGCUAGGCAAUGAUGACCUAGCGUGUUGGUCCACGUGCCAAGCCCUAUAAAAAAGGGGUUGAGUAACUUCAUUUCCACUUUUUUCGCUCACACGUUCACCGGAGUUCUCCACAUUCUCCCUCGUUUGCUCGCUCUACCGUCUGGACCGCCGUCUCCGCCCGUCCUCCUAUCUGAACCACCGUCUUCUGCUCGGGCACCACCGUACCCCUUUCAACUUAACUAUGUCAGGUGCCAUGCCCAAUGCUCGUGAUCGGGUGCUGAAGCUAGCGAAUCAGGUCGGCGCUCCUGACCGGGUGCCCAAGAAGAAGAAGAAAACUGUGGCCCGUCCCUUGGAGACUGCUGGCGAUGCCGGGGCUAGUCCCUCGCAGGCGGCGAGCGUGAUUCCUUCCUCUCCUCCUCGAUCUAACCCGAUCAACAUUCCUGAUAGCAGUCCGUCGCCAGCGGCUUCUCCCCUCCAUAAACGGAAGCGUCCGGCUGGGGCCCUUACCAGGUCGUCUCCAGGAAGUUCGAAUGGACCGGGCAGCUAUCUUCUACCUCCCUGCUAUGUGGAACGGUCGUUCUUCAAGGCCGAGGAGUCGAUUGCUGUGCCUGCGCCUGAGGCCAAGGCUAUUCUGGACCAGGAUGUUGCUGCCCGGAGGAAAGAUCUGGCCAGGGAUAUUGCUGCUGUCAUCCGGGUGAUGGAGACGGCCAUGGUUUUGACCGACACUUCGGUCUCCACCGCCUCGCUGGAGGAUGCCCUUUUGCAGGUUCGGACGGAGAAGGAAAGACUAUCUAAAGAUCUGUCGGACUACAAAGAAGAGCAUCAGCUGCAGGAAGGGCUGAGCCAGAAGCUGGAGGAGGUGGAAAAGGAGAGGGACCAGUUGAAGGCUGCUAAGGCGAGCUUGGAAGAGCAGGUGGUCGACCAUCAGAAGCUGACCGAGGACAACGCUGGCCUACGGGCUCAGGUUGAGUCUCUCGAGGGAAAGGUCCGUCCUCUGGCAGAUGAGACCGAGGAGGAACGCGCCCUUGGUUCGCGCGGUGAGCUGCUAGGGCAUAUUCGGACUCUCAACCAAGAUCUCGUGGCCUGCUUCAAAGAGGGUUUCGACAAUGCUGUCGAGCAGCUCGGGCUUCUGAACCCUGAGUUGGUGACAGUAGGGUCGGCCUAUAACUGCUGCGUCCGGGAUGGUGAGAUUAUCUGCCCGUUUGAAGCGGAGGAGGAGCUGGGGGGAGAAGAAGAAGAAGAGGAUGAAGAGGUGCUCCAAGCGGAGUCUUAGUUUAUUUGUUUUUCUUUGAUUUUAGUUAUCAUGGCCUGCGUGCCUUAUGUAUUUGGCCUUCGGGCGUUGUAAUAUGGCCUUCGGGCGUACUUGGCUUCGGCCGCUCUUAUCGUUUUUAAUGUAUGAAUAUUUACGUUAUCAUUCA